GUUUAAGGAAUGAUUAAUUUUCGAAAUCAUUAGUAAUCGAGCUAAUUUCUUUAAGGAAUCAGUGUUAUUAAUCCAGGUUAAUAUGUGGACAUUGGACAAUGUUGUGGUUUUCUUUUGUUUCUAAUGUGUUACUGAUAAGUGUAAUACUUAGAUGUGUAAUAUGUAAUAUCGUUUUCUUUUUCAAAUAAAAUAAUUAAAAGUCUGGAUUAUAAUAGUCAGAACAUGUGAUUUUUGUUUUGUUUUCGUCUUGUUUCUCUUGCUUUCUGUUCUGCCAAUCGAUAAGUACUGUCAAUUUGUAUCAGCUGUUCUGUCAAGCAAGGUUGCUUCAGCAGCAACAUGAGAGUUUGAGAAAUGUCAUAAAAAGUAAUGAAAUAUUCGAAACAAGAAAUUACAAGCCAAAGAGUAAUAUCGUUUGUGCAAUUGUUAUUUUAUAACGGUUAUAACAAUUAACAAUACUCUAGCAAAGAAAAAACAUUUCUAAACGCUACGAAAUCCCGACCUUUUAUAAAGACAGAAGCGAAAAGGUUACGCGCUACACUUUCGUUGUAUAAAACCACACAUGAUUUAGCUCAACAUAUAAUGCUAGAUAAAUCCGCUGGCGGACCAUGUGUCAAGCGAGGCGGGAGCGGCGCUACCGGCCUCAUCAGUCGGCACGCGACACGUGAGCACUUAACACGGCUGUUGACGAUCGCCAAGGCCAAAUCUACGCGAAGACUGUUCCCGACAUUCAUUACAUAAAUCAAGCAUUAAAAAAUGCAGGCUUGGGUUAGGGUGACGCUAAUUUUGUGCGCUUUUGGUCUCCUGCGUGAGAUUCGGCCGUCGGAGCCUUUCGUCUCGGAGUUCCUGCUCGGAGAGUGGUGGGACAUCUCUGAGGAACAGCUGAACAGAGAUGUGUAUCCUAUAGGAACAUACUCUUACUUGUCACUGCUAGUUCUAGUGUUCCUUAUAACUGACUUCCUGAGGUUUAAACCUGUUAUAAUUUUGUCAGGCUUAAGCGGUAUCACAGUAUACGCCAUACUACUAUGGACUUCAAGUCUGGCAUGGGUGCAGACAACACAGUUCUUCUACGGCUUGUAUAUGGCUACGGAAGUCGCUUACUAUACCUAUAUUUAUGCUAAAGUAGAAUCAGACAAGUACCCUCGGGUAUCAUCGUACACUCGCAUCGCGGCCCUGAACGGCCGCUUCCUGUCCGGUCUCAGCGCUCAGCUUCUCACCUACUUCGGCCUCAUGAACUACAGGGACCUCAACUACAUCACAUUCACAGCUCAGAUCUUGGCGACUUUUUGGGCUUUCGGGCUGCCAACUGUGCAGUACGGCAUUUACUUCCAUCGCAACACCCGCGAGUCAAGUACUUCGCCGGACAAACAGCUGCAACCCAAUGAGUCACUCGGUUCUAAUAUAAAAGAAGCGUCAACGUUGAUCCUGCGUCACGCGCGGGCGGCGUACUCCCGGCCGAAGGUGUUAGUGUGGUCAGCUCUGUACGCCGUCACCCUGGCGCUGUUCGUGCAAGUGCAGACCUACAUACAGCUGUUGUGGAAGCAGAUACAGGAGAAUAGUAAUCAGCCAGUAGCAUUCAACGGCGCAGUAGAAGCGAUUCAGACGUUGCUAGGCGCGGGCGGGGCCUACGUCGCCUCCAUCCACGCGGCGGCGGGCGCGCCCGCCCCCGUCGCCGCCGUACAGGGCCUCGCCGUGUUCGCUGGCACAUACUUCAACAACGUGUUUGUGUCGUAUGCUGGUUACAUAGUCAUGGGGAUGCUGUAUCAUUACACAAUAACACUAUGCAGUGCCAAAAUAGCCGGUCAGCUGAGCGACGAGAGUUGCUUCGGCCUCAUAUUCGGCAUCAAUACACUCAUAGGCACUGGUUUGCAGUCCAUCCUGACUUUGGUACUAAUCCAGACACUAAAGCUGCCAAUAGCCUCCCAGUACUACACCAUCAGCGGCCUCUACAUGCUACUCGCGUCUAUGUGGCUACUUGUUUGGAUGGUAAACAUUUUCAGACAGAAGCAAAAUAUUCAAAAUGAUACCCAGUAUUCAUAGGGCUUAACAUACCCUUGUUACAUAGCCACAAGUGCCUAAAGACAGUCUAAAUAUGCUUUGAGUAUAUAAAUAUGAAUAUUAUGUCAAUAAACGGCACAGAGAAUUAGCUUCUUUUAGCUAAUUAGAUGUUUUUUCCAUGAGAAUAAAGUGACUAUUGUGUAUUUCAUACAAAAUUUGAUCAGAACAAACAGUUAUUGUUUGUAAUAUGCACUUGUUAGAAUAGCAAUAUAGUUAAGGCUGUGAUGUUUUGUAGUUGUAAGUGUUAAUCUCAAAGUGCAAUUUACUGGAUGUUUUGCACACAUAUAUUAUGGUAGGGAAAUUAUCUGAUAUUAAUCUUUAUUCAAAUUAUAGACAUAAAUUUUGUUAAGCUUCAUUUGAGACACCAUAAACAAACUAAAGACAUUAAAUUAGCUUUUUAGGAAUCAUGAGUGAUGAGUUAAGAAUAUGAGGAAUAGUGUAGCAAUUGAUACCAAUCACUUGUUUGCAUCACUACAUACACUUGGUAAAUCCAGAAAUUACUUCCUUAAAAAACUUGUUCCUUAUCAUUUGAAAUAGACAUAUCAAAUGCAAAUUAUUUUUGUGUAGUUUAGCUUGAAAUGUUUCUAUAAUAAUUAUUAGAAAACUAAACCAACAUGGUUGUGUCAAUCAAUAAAUUACCUCAGUGUUUCAAUCCAUGUCCACUGUUGGACUAGGCCUCUCCAAAGUAGCAUUAUUUGUGUACUUAAAUUGAUUUUAUAAAUGUAAGGAUUGUUAUAUUAAUUGUGACACAAAAUUGUCUAAGAUAGACUUAUCAUAUAAUUC